AUGUACUGGGACAAAUUUGUUCGACGGAAGACUCGUCAGAAGUUCAAAGAUCAGGUUGAUGAAGAAAUCCUGACAUCCAUACUUGGCGAAGAAAAAAGUUCUGGAGAUAACAGUUUCGAUUACCGGUACACUUGCUGGCUUUGGAUUGGCGUAAUCUUUACCAACGGCCAAUUCCUCUAUCGUGUCGGCUAUCUGCUCUGUUCGGCUUGUGGAGUGUUCAUUUCACCAUUCUUCUACGCAUUCCAUCUGAUCGACGUAGUGCUCUCCUUCCCUAUGUUAAAAGCAAUUCUCCAAUCUGUCACCCAUAACCUGCAACAGUUGAUCCUCACCAUCAUGAUGGUUUUGGUGGUUGUGUAUCUGUACACAGUGAUCGCCUUCAACUUCUUCCGGAAAUUCUUCGUUCAAGAAGGUGAAGAUGGAGGGGAAGGCCGGAUCGCAAUUUCGUGUUGA